CACGCGGCUAUCAAUCAGCUGGAGGUUGUUGUGUAAGGAGGCUGGCACUAAUCUCGACCAAAUUAAACUACGCCGUUGGGGCCAGGCGAGGCGACAGUGCAGUUGAAGAGUGCAACGUGGUUGAGUGGGUUGUGAAGGAACGAAAAACCGGUAAAUAUGGCUGCAACGAGGACUCUCCUACGCUCUCUGUACUUGAGAUCAUCACCGCAGCUCCUGUCUAGGGCCCAGAGCUCCGUGGCUGCGCCUCAGCCCCGGGCAACGACGACUUCAGAAAAAUCUUCAGCACCAAAAGCCAAAUUUGACUGGCGGGAUGCCCUAAACCUCGAGAGCCAGCUGACAGAGGAUGAAAUUAUGAUCAGAGAUGCCUUCUAUGCAUACUGCCAGGAAAAACUCAUGCCGAGAAUCCUCCUAGCCAACAGAAAUGAAACCUUCGACAGAGAAAUCAUGAGUGAAAUGGGAGACAUGGGGGUACUGGGACCUACAAUCCAGGGCUAUGGGUGUCCUGGUGUGUCAUCCGUUGCUUAUGGUCUCAUUGCGCGCGAGGUGGAAAGAGUCGACUCUGCUUAUAGGUCAGCAAUGUCUGUGCAAUCAUCCCUGGUCAUGUAUCCCAUCUGGGACUUUGGCACAGAGGAGCAGAGAUUGAAAUACCUCCCUAAGCUCGCCAGAGGAGAAAGCGUUGGCUGCUUUGGACUGACUGAGCCCAACCAUGGCAGCGAUCCAGCUGGUAUGGAGACACGAGCAAAAUAUGUUCCCUCGGACAAAGUCUACAUUUUGAAUGGAUCGAAGACAUGGAUUACCAACUCCCCCAUCGCUGACAUCGCUGUGGUUUGGGCCAAGUGCGAAGACGGCCACAUUCGCGGAUUCAUCUUGGAGAAGGAAAUGGCCGGCCUCUCCUGCCCCAAGAUUGAAGGGAAGUUCUCACUGCGCGCCUCCCACACGGGUAUGAUUUUGAUGGAUGACGUGGUGGUGCCCGAGGAGAACAUUUUGCCUGGGGUCAAAGGAUUGAAGGGUCCAUUCAGUUGCCUAAACAAUGCACGCUAUGGCAUUGCUUGGGGUGCGCUUGGAGCUGCAGAGUUCUGCUUGGAUGCCGCACGACAGUACACCCUAGACCGAAAGCAGUUCGGACGGCCACUUGCAAACAACCAGUUGAUUCAGAAGAAGAUGGCUGAUGCCCUGACAGAAAUUUCUCUGGGCUUGCAAGGGUGUCUGCAUGUUGGGCGUCUCAAGGAUGAAGGAAAGGCUACCCCAGAGAUGAUCAGUUUGUUGAAGAGGAACUCUUGUGGAAAAGCCCUGGAUAUUGCCCGUCAGACCAGAGACAUGCUAGGUGGUAACGGCAUCUCUGACGAAUACCAUAUCAUCCGCCACGUAAUGAACCUAGAAGCUGUGAACACAUAUGAAGGAACACAUGACAUCCACGCACUCAUCCUUGGCCGUGCCAUAACUGGACUGCAAGCCUUCAGUGGAAAGUAGAACUGUAGGGUUUUCGCAAUAAUCAUGGUGCCUAUCUGGGGUAUAGUCUAUAUUUUUUAAUUAAAAAUGCACAAGCUAUAUAAAUAGAUUGUGAAAGUAAUGUUCCCUAGUUUUCUUUUAUUGUCUUCUAAGGGAAAGUAGAACAUAUAAGAUAGAUAUUAUUUGAAUUUAGGUUAUAUAAGAUUUAUUCAAUGAGCAAUAUUAGAGCUCUGAAAUUAAAGUUGGCAAUUUUGGCAUUGUACAGAAAUAACUUGAGUCUUUCUAAUACUGUCAAGCUAUAACUAAAAUGAGAAUAGUAUGAUAAGGUUGUCUUUGUAUAAAAAAUAAAAAACUCAACAUUAUUGAUUGUUAAAUUUAUUACUUUUCAGUUAAUUGAAUAGAAUCAUGAAUCUCACAAAGAUGUAUGUACUGUACAGGCCUUGAUUUGUAAUUGAGUGCUAUGCAAUUUCUGUUUUUUCUUUACUUAGUCAUCUAAGUAUUAACAAAUAUACUAUGUGAGAGGGAGUUUAUCUUCAGAUUAUUUUUGUAUAAAGUAAUGUCUCUGUUGCAGCUUUUCAAAAAUAUAUAUUGAUAGGACCUUUUUAUUGAUUAUCCAUCUGUAUAUUAUAUUUGUGAAGGAUAUUGCAUGUUAGAAUGAGUGCUUCCAUAAAUAUCGUACUCGGUAAGUGUGUCAACCUUCAUUUAUCACUAAAGAAAUAUAGAUUUGAAUAUAUGAAUUUCA